GAUAAGAAAAAGAAGCAAGGAACAGCCAGGUGUGUGACUCGUGGCCUGCACCUGAGUUACACCUGCCUAACCAAGUAACCAAGUAAUCCAUCUCCUCCUUAUUCAGUCUUCUCGAAAUCAUAACAGCAAAACAGAGAUCGUAUUUUGAAACACUUCCGCGCUACACCUCCACUACCUUCAAAAAAGCUCUAGUUGAAAUGACCCGGGUUUUUCAGAGAUUUUUUUUAAAGGUUCUAGAGACAAAUUUACAAGAUUUCUACAUUAUUAACUGGAGAAACACUCUUGAGAACCUGGUUAAUCAUCUCUGUGGCCUUUGAAAACAGUCAUGGUUAAGUUAUACGGGUUUUUAAGAGUGUUUCCACGGUACUGGUGACAGAUUAACUGGGUUUCUACAUUACUAACGGUAUAAACACUCUUGAAAACCUGAAUAAUAAUCUCUACGGCUUUGAAAAAUACUCCUGGUGAAAAAGCAGAGCGUUUCAAAAUACGGACCAAUAUCUUGUGUUGCCCAUAACAGCAAACGUAACACAUAUACACACACACACACAAACAAUAACCAUUAUUUAUUUAUUUAUUUAUUUAUUUAUUUCCUUGUGUUUAUGUAAAUUGCCAAUGCUUUUAUUUUCCACUUUUCUUUGGUUAGUUCAUUUGUUAGUUUCGUUUAUGCAUUAUUCGUUUAGUUUUUAUUUAUUUAUGUAUUUAUUUUUUUGUUUAUUUCAUUACGCUCGUUUCCCCUUUAAAGUCAAUGUUGUGUAAUGCAUUCUUAAUUAUUGUACUGUAUCCACUGUUUUCUUUUUUUUUUUUUAGUCCUUCAUCUUUAUUUCCUUUGUUUUAGUCCCUAAUUAUUUUUGUCUUUUAUUCUAUGGCGUAUAAACUUUUAUUUCUUUGAGUCAUUACAACUGAAUUUAUUUUAUUUUCCUUUUUAUUCUCCUCUUUUUUUUUUACUUUCCUUGUUAUUCUUUUGUCUUGUCUUCGUUAAUUUUCCUUAUUGUUCUUUCAUUUUGUCCUCUUUCAUUUUCCUUUCCUCUUAUUUUCCUUAUUAUUUCUUUACCUCGUCUUCUCCUUGUCUGUUAAAAUAAUUGUGUGUUAGUUCAUUCUUGAUUCUAAUUUAUAUUUACGUAAGCAUCAAAUUAUUAUUAUCAUUAGCAUUAUUACCACCGUCAGAGAGAGAGAGAGAGAGAGAGAGAGAGAGAGAGAGAGAGCUCCUUCCUUCUAUGGUCUAUACCUCGUCAGAAAAGCCAGGAAGGAAGAAAUGGAAUAACAACGAAAGGAAAAGAAUAAGAGAAAAAGGAAUAAGUGCAGGAAGAGGAGGAAGACCUAAAAAAAAAAAUGAUGAAAACACAAAAACUUUAAAUAGAAGAAGAACAAUAAAAGCAAAUUGAAAGAAAAAAAAAUAAGAAUAGAAAGUGAAGGAGGAGAAGGACGGAGUUCCCAAGGGUGUUUUUAUGAUCCUACAGAGUUUAAUAGAAUCGAGUAGAAAUUAUUAGGGUUUUCAAGGAUGUUUUCAUGAUGCUGGUAAGUUUAAAAAAAUUGAGUAGAAGUUAUUACGGUUUUUAAUGGUGUUUUCAUGAUUUUGGCAAUACUUUAUCAAACUUUGGUGGAGAGAAAUUAGAAUAACACGUCAAUUUUGUGAUUUUUAAGCUACAUUUCUUUUAUAUAUAUGCAUUAGGAAUCGGGAAGACCGAGCAAAUGCGAAAAUAGAUAUAGAUAGAUAGAUAGAUAGAUAAAAUAAAGAAAUAGAUACAUAUAUUAAAUAAGAUAUAUAAGGAAAUAGAUAGAUAGAUAGUAUAAGAUAAAUCAAUAGAAUAAUAGAUAAAAUAAGAUGAAUAAAGAAGUAGAUAGAUAGAUAUAAUAUAAUAAGUAAAGAAAUAGGUAUAUAGAUAUAUAUGAUAAGGAAAUAAAUAGAUAUAUACAAUAAUAUAAAUAAAAAAUAGAUAAAUAAGCAAACAAAUAAAUAAAUAAAUACAAGACGAAUAGAAGAGAGAACCCGAGAGAAAAAGUCAAAUGAGUUUCUUAGGCACCAACAGAAAACGGGCACAGGACUACAAAUUUCAAGGCUCUGAUCUACUAAUUCUGGGUGAUCCUUUUUGACCUUUCUUCAGGGACUGGUACGUUAAUGGCACCCUCCCUUUUCUUUUCUUUCUUUCUUUUUUUUUUCCGAACUUUUUGUUGCCCUUGACCAGUGCCCAUCUUACGUAAAAUAAACAGACAAACAAAAAAAGGCUUAUGUUACCGUGAGUCCUCCUAACACGAGCUGCUCCGCCACGCAUCAAUAGUGUGUGCGUGUGUGUGUGUGUGUGCGUGUGUGUGUGUGUGUGUGUGUGUGUGUGUGAGGCGCUGAUCCCUUGCAUAACAGCCUUCAGUGGGUCAGUAUGUACUCGUAUGUCUUCACGCUGCUGGGCUGGGAAUGUGGUGAUGGUGGUGGUGGUGGUUGUGGUGAGGGUUCAAGAAUUUACAUCGUUUACAUUGUCAAUACUACCAACUCUGAAGACAUUCUGGAACUGUGUGUGUGUGUGUGUGUGUGUGUGUGUGUGUGUGUGUGUGUGUGUGUGUGUAAUGAUCUUUUAACGAUGGCCAUUUUCCAUUGAGGCACCGCCACCACCACCACCACCACCACCACCACCACCACCUUUCCUUGCGUGGCCGCGUCGGGUAAUGGAGUGAUGGAGUGCACGGUGGAUUGCUGGCCACUGUUAGCCAGUGAUGGAUGGUCACCGCUGCUUGUCCACCCCCACCCCGUCUCGCCUUACCCCGCCCCGCCCUCCAGACGAGCCUCGAGUCACGCAUGGCGGGUUGACAACCCUCCAAACAUUCACAGACUCCAUUGACGCCUUUCCUGAGUCUUCCUUCGCGCGCCAAUACUGCGAUGGAAUAUUCUUGACGCCUUACUGAAUUUGACUCAAAUUUGUCACUGUCGUCACCUCUGCCCUCGUGGAUGUGUGAUGCUUGUUACAUGUCUCCCUCAUGGUGGUGGCGGCGGGGCUGAGAGGCCGCAGUGCGGCAGAGCCGUGGCAGAGGCGUGGCAGCGAGGGUGGAGAGCUGAAGGUCGCGGGGCGCAGGCAGCAUGGCGGGCGAGGUGAUGGACCUGACGUGGCUGCAGGUGAUGGGCUUGUGUCCCUACGUGGUGGUGUCCUCCGAGGGCGCGUGCCGGGUUGGGUGGGUGCCCGCCGCGUGGUGCGUGGUGCGCCUGGUGGUGGUGGUGGCGGCGCAGCUGGCCAUAUACCUGGUGGUGCCGGAGACUGGCGGCAAGGGCUCAGAGGACAGCAUCGCCACCAAGAUGGGCAACGUGAUGCUGAGGGUGGGCUCCCAGACUGCCUUCACCGCCGCCAGCGUGGUGCUGCUGCUGUGCAGUCCCCGCCUGCCGCGCCUCGUGCAGGAGCUCACCGCCCUCAGGAGGAUGGCGGCCACCCUCUCCCCUCCGCCGCCCCUGGGCCACAACGUCUUCACGCUGAGCUUCGUGUGGGCCAGCGCCGUGUACUUCCUGUACUCCCUGUUCAAUUUCAGCGCGCGCUUCAUCCAGGCCGUGGCCAGCGGCGGGUGGUGGCUCACGUCGCUGCUGGACGUCGUGUUCUGGGUGCUGAGCUACGCCUCGCUGCCCGGCGUGGUGCUGCUGCUCAGCGGCGUCCUCUUGGAGCUGCAGGCCGCCACCCGCGCAGUGCUGCCCCCGCUCUGGGAGGAGCUGCUGGAUGAGGUGCGGGCAGAGGGCACACAGUCCUUGCUUUGGUGUGCCGCCGCGCCCCUCAAGACCCCCGCCCUGGCGCUCUACCUGCGCCGUGCCCACAUCAUGCUGCUGCAGACGGAGGAGGUGCUGGCGUGCGUGGUGCAGUACCUGGGCCGCGUCGUGCUGUUGUGGCUGGUCUGCGGCUUGCCCUUCUUCACCUUCUCCGUGUACCUGCUGCUGGUGCGGCUGGGCAAAGAGGGCAAGAUAGACUACAACCUCAGCCUGACGGUGCUCAUCCUCACCACGCUCAUGGCGGUCAAUAUGGGGGUGGAGCAUCUCAUGAAGGAGCGUCACUGGUGUGCUGGUGUGUUCCGGCGGCUGGCGUUGCAUCCCGAGGUGGCGCCCCUGCCUGUGGCGGGGAAUGUAGCCGCGGCGUUGGAGCGUCCCCUGCAGGUCCGCAUCACUCUGCUCUUCAACCUGGGGGGCGGCUGCAUCACUGCGGUGUGCAGUCUGGUGCUGUCCUACCUGGUGAUCGCCUUGCAGUUCUCCAGCGACGAUGGGUCCUGCGGGUAGCUAGUCAUUGUUACCAGAUACAGUGAAAUUCCUCCGCUUUCAAGGGAACUUAGAAGGGAAGAACAGAAGUGAAUAUGGAGAUUUGAUAUUGGAGGAAGGAAGGAAGGAAGGAAGGUAAAAAAUGAGGAACGAAGGAAAAAAUAUAAUGUCUGAUUUCUGUAAGGCAAUCAUAACUAGAGAAAGAGAUGCUGUUUUGUUCAUUCCUAGAGCCACUAUAAGUUCAUGAAUAGGAAAUGUGUCUAUCUGCUGUCUGUUCUUCACUUCUUAUACUCUGAACGUGUGUAUUUGCAUUCAUCUUGGC